UAAAUAAAGUAAAAUUUAUAGCAAAAUUUAGAAUGAUUUGGAGUUAAUUGCACAAUCAUGUUAGGUAGUGAUUGCCGAAGUUUUCAUUAUAUUUUUGAUUUAAUAUUACUUUCCUUCCCUUUUUCUUUGCAACCAGAUGGAGCCAAAUAUAAAUUAGAAAAAAAAGCAUAUACGAAGAGUUCAAAAUGUACUGAUUCACCCAUUUGACACGUAAUCACUGCUUCGUAUUCUACUAUGUUGUUGGUGUCAUUGUAUAUGUGGUGUUAACUGUCUUCAUCUUUUUGAUUGUUUGUGGAGCUGGUAAGUAGGGGCUUCAUCCUUGGUCUGUUGAAAUUCAUCCUUGAUUGCUGAUGAAUCAAGUGUGUUCCAAAUAAUGGUGACUAACUGCUAAUUGUAGUUGUGCCUAUGAGCCCUGUAUUGCACAUCUCCUUUUUCAGGAACCAAUUAUGACAUAUCAAAGUGAGGAUGGCAACGACUUCAUGAGUUACAUUAUAGUGUUUAGUUGCAUAGCAAUCUACCUCAUAUUUUGGAGGUUAUGGUGAUUUUAUUACCAAAAGCUCACAAUACCGUUUUUAAUCUUUGUUUUCCUCACUUCCUGUUGGAGGCUGGCUGAAUGAAUUCAAGUUUAAGCUCUGUUACAGUUCAAUAAUGUCCCUUACUAACUGUUUCUAUUUAAUUUAAAAUUAAUGGUUUUCAUGAACAAUUUCUUGCCUGCUCAUAAACUGGGUUUUUUCUUUGCAUUAUAUGUUCGUUUUGUUGGUUUUGCUAGACAUGACAACAUGGGUCACUGGACUGAGGGACUUUUUUUUUUUUUUCUGCUUUUUCUUAGUGCAGGUCAUGUGUUUGCAAGGGUUUUCUGCCUAUACUUCUGGUGGCAAUCUAAUGAUGGGUUUACCUAGAUGUAACUAAAACUUUUGUUCUUUAUGCUUCUGGUGAGUGGAUAAACAUUUGGACUCAACUAAAGACCAUGAACCGUCCAAGCAUGAUUACAAUUAAACAGAGUGAGUCUCCUAAGAGAGUGACCCAUAACUAUUCCCAAAUUCAUAAUAUAUUCAAUGCUGAAUCUAAAGGACAACAUCUAUUGGAUGAUGAUAGUUCAUCUGGGUGUUCGCCCCUUUACAUACAAACAGAAUCACUCAAUUCCCCUAGUCUCAAGAGAGCAUCCCCGUAUCUACGACAGCAGUUAAGCCCAAACCCUGAAUUAAAUGGCCCUGUCUCUCCUGGUUCUCACCUCCAACAUCCCAAAAACAUGUUUUCUCGGUCUUCUGCUUUCUGUACCAGUUUAUACUUAUCUUCUUCAAUAAGCUCUGAAACCAGUCGACAGCUUGGCAACCUACCCUUUCUACCUCACCCCCCAACUUGCAACCAACCCAUUGCUGCUGUUCAUUCAUCAAAAUCCCCAUUGCUCUUGAGUGGGGAUUUUAGCAACCAAGGUGAUGAAGAUAGCUCGGAGUAUCUGAUGAAGGACUUUCUUAAUUUUCCGGGAGAGUCUUCAGAUGGUGGCUUUCAUGGUGAGAAUUAUGCAAAUGAGAGUUUAACAUUUACAGAGCAGUUGGAACUACAGAUGUUGUCUGAAGAGCUCGACAUAGCUAUCACAGGCAAUGUGAAAAAUCCCAGGCUUGAUGAAAUAUAUGAGGCACCACAAGUUUCAUCAAUCCCAACAACUGGAAUGAAAUGCAACCAGGAUCUUGAACCUUUGAUUCCAGAUGGUCAGAUCCAUCAAAGUCAUCCAACUCCUGUAGCUGCCACUGCACACAAGCCAAGAAUGAGGUGGACACCUGAGCUUCAUGAACGUUUUAUUGAAGCUGUGAACAAGCUUGAUGGGGCUGAAAAGGCAACCCCAAAGGGUAUAUUGAAGAUUAUGAAAGUUGAGGGUUUGACCAUCUACCAUGUCAAAAGCCAUCUGCAGAAAUACAGACUGGCAAAGUAUAUGCCAGAGACAAAAGAAGGCAAGAAAGCUUCUUCCUCUGAAGAAAAGAAGACAACUUCAACUGAAUGUGAUGCACGUGUGAAAAGGAGCUUGCAAGUCACAGAAGCUCUACGCAUGCAAAUGGAAGUUCAAAAACAGCUUCAUGAACAGCUUGAGGUACAAAGGACUCUUCAAUUACGUAUAGAGGAGCAUGCAAGGUAUUUGCAGAAGAUUUUAGAAGAACAAAAGAAAGCUGGGGGUACCUUAAUUGCUGCUUGUGAGCUGCCAAGCCUGCCAUCAUUGACUAGUCCACAAUCAGAAUCUGAACCAAAGCCCAAGUCUUCAUCUACUUGUGCCUCACCACAACCAGAAUCUAAAAUUGACUCAACUCUAACAGCAAAGCAUAAAGCUACAGAUUGUACUCAAUCUGAGCAGCCAACUUGUCAGAAACGAGUUCAUUGUGAAGCCAAGAUGGAAAUAGCAUCUGGUGAGACUCUGGUUGAGAAUCCUGGACAAUGAACCUUCAGACCGUGCUUGAAAAAUUUGUUUGAGAAAUCCCUUUCCCUCUUUGUACAUACCAUGUAAAAACAGAAAGUUGGAAAACAAAAGAGAAGUGUUGAAGUGGAAA